UUUUUUCUAUCAUCAAUGCAAGAAUUUCUUUUUAAAAAAGUACAUUCUAUUUUCUUUUCUUCUUAUAGAAAAGUUGUGUUUUACCGCUAUUUUUGGAAUUUAAUUGAAUCAUGUAUUUUCAUUAUUGUCUUUAUUUAUUCACAAGUUUCUUUUUCUUUUGCGCUAGUCGGUUAGAUGUAAUUUACGAAAGUAAAGAGGAAGCAGUUAUGCAGUGUACAAAGGAUAAUGAUGCUUUACCUGGGUACUAUUGGUGCACCGGAUACUAUAUUUCACCAAUUAAGAAUAGGAUGCAGAAUGGAUUUGAUUACUGCGUCGAUGAAAUAAUUAGUUUAAAUGGUGAUGUUACAUAUAAAUGUGCAAAAGAAAUGCCAGUGUUCGAUGGUCCGGUGGAACACUUCGAUCUUUUUGAUUUUGUGGAUACUGAUGCUUCAUCUUCAUCAUAAUAUCUUACUCCAUGAAAACAAUUCUUCUUGUAUAUCAAAGAGAACCGUAUAUUAAAAUGUUUUAAAAUACAAGAAAUUAAUAUUUUUCUUCACGGUUUUAAUAAAAGUGUGCAAAAAUAAAAUAAAACGUAGUUAU